CGAAGAGGCUGGCACAUUGGCUUACACUACGGUGGCGCAUAUUUCUGCAGAAUAGAAAAGAAUGCUCGAAACCGAAGCUGUACAGAAAUGGAUCAUGAUAAGCCUGUCGACAGCAAAAGUAAAUAGUGGACGAGGGUGGUAGCGGUUUUCGUUGUUGCAUUCUUCGUUUCAUUUGAGUCCAGCUAUCUUCAUUCUGCUUCCUGAUAUUGAGUCUGUAUAAUUUUCCAUCUAGGUGUAGUUUUUGAUAUAAUUUACUAGUUAUACCUAGCAGAGAAGAUAUGGCGUCCUUUGGUCUUCCAUGGUCGACCUCAUCACUAUACCUAGCAGAUGCCAGAUGAAGUAGUUGUAGCAGUUCCUACUUACAAAUACGAUUAUGAUUAUUCCUUACAAAUACAAAUAUACUAUUUAGAUAUGGUGCUGGACGAUGUUUUUCGUGUAAUUAUUAGUUCCUUAAGCACGAUUUUCGUGUAGUAGAAGAUAUGUGAACAAAAAUAGAUGUGUAAAAAGUCAAAGCACAAGAAUGGCAGAAAAAUCAUAAGGAUCGAUAGAGACUGGCCAUGGAUGACCUUUGUUUUCACUACAUCACAUCAUAUACAUAUACAGCUUGUUUUUCUGAGAAAAAUACAGAUGAGCUUCUCUGGUCUUGCAGCAUGAUCUGCGACAAUUCGGAACAAACACUGCGAACUGCAUAGUCAUCGGAUUUGGAAGGCACAAG